AUGGCUCCACACGCGACUACUCCUCCCCCACCGCCUCAUAGCCUGCCCUUACAGCCUAUCACUGUCCUAGCUUCCUCAAGAGCAGUGGUUGCUGGCCGGUUGACUGCAGCUACCAUCGUUGUAUCAAGCGUUACGGGGAAAAUCACUGCCAUAUUCCGCUCGGUUCUACCUGCGACGGACUUCCCCGAGGGUACACCAUACACCGACUACUCCCCUCAUCUUCUGCUACCCGGUCUUGUCGAUGCCCAUGUACAUCUCAACGAGCCUGGUCGGACAGAAUGGGAAGGCUUCUGGACUGGCACCCGAGCCGCUGCUUUUGGUGGCGUGACCACUGUGAUCGACAUGCCACUGAACGCUAUUCCUCCUACGACGACUGUGGAGAACCUGAAGAUCAAGAUCGAGGCUUCCAAGGGGAAGUGCUGGGUUGAUGUUGGCUUCUAUGGCGGUGUCAUUCCUGGGAACGCUGGCGACCUGAAGGGCUUAGUCAAGGAGGGUGUUCGUGGCUUCAAGGGCUUCUUGUGUGAUAGUGGUGUUGACGAGUUCCCUGCAGUCUCAUCCCUGGAUAUCGCGCAAGCUCUCCUUGAGCUCAAGGACGCGCCAACCACUCUGAUGUUCCACGCCGAGAUGAUUCCACCUAUUUCGGACUCUGUUGGCGACCUCAUCCAAAAGUCUGAACCACCGCUCGCCCCGAAAGGUCCUCUGACGGCUUACUCAACGUUCUUGGAGUCACGACCACCGACCUUCGAAACAUGUGCUGUUGCUGAGAUUCUCUCCCUUGCACAUCUCGCCCCGGAACUGCAACUUCACAUUGUCCACCUCUCCGCCAUCGAAGCCAUCCCCAUGCUCCGUAAAGCACGUGCAAGCGGCAUCAAAAUCACCGCCGAGACAUGUUUCCACUACCUAGCACUCGCCUCUGAAGGCAUCGAGGAGGGUGAUACACGCCACAAGUGCUGCCCACCGAUCCGCUCCCAAUGCAACCAAGACGGACUCUGGGAGGAACUCCUGCAAGACGAAGGCGACGGCGUCAUCCAAACCGUUGUAUCGGACCAUUCACCAUGCACACCAGAGAUCAAGCUUCUCCCCGCCCAUCUCUCGAACGAGAAGCCAUCCACACACAAGGAAGACCACUCACAAGAUUGCGACUCUUGCGACUCUUCUGAGGCGCAAACAGAAAAGCCAAAGGAGAUGGGCGACUUCUUCAGCGCAUGGGGCGGCAUCUCGAGUGUCGGUCUUGGCCUCCCAAUCCUGUGGACCGAAGGCACAAAGCGCAACGAGAACUUCAGCAUCGAGGAGAUUGUGCGCUGGUGCUGCAAGAACACAGCGAAGCAGAUUGGUCUAGAAAAGACCAAAGGCGAUCUCGGUGUCGGCUUCGAUGGUGAUAUCGUUGUUUUCGACGACACAGCUGAAUUCAUGGUCGAACCGAGCACCAUGCUCUUCCGCAACAAGGUCUCGCCCUACCAGAAUAAGACCCUCAAGGGUGUUGUGCGCGAGACUUGGCUUCGUGGUCAGCGCAUCUUUUCGCGCGAAGAAGGAUUUACUGAGAAGACUGGCCCAAGCGGCAAGCUGCUGCUUGAGCCGAGGAAGUAG